AUGACCUCGAAGAAUGAAGUUGGAGUGACCGUGAUUGGACACAACAGUGAAUCAAGAACCAAAGUAAAUGGAUAUGAACAAAGAGGUUCAUAUCGAAAGGACAUUACAUAUGACGUCACAAUAGAGCAGAUUGUUGCAGUUAUAAACGAGUCUAGUUACUGUGAACAGUUUAUCAAAUACGAAUGUCACGGUAGCCUAAUGAGUGAUGCAUGGUGGGUCUCCCGUCAAGGUAAUGUUAAAUAUGGCUUUAUUAAAAAGGGAUACGGCGCUAUAUAAUGAAAGAACUUUUAAACUUUUACGCAAAUCGAUUUAUUCGCAUCAUGGAAUUAUGAAUAUUUACUAAUUAUAUAGAGGAGCAUUGACAUGCAUGCAUGCAGCAACCCUUCGCAAUCAAGCAACUGUAUAUAUAGUCCCCAAAUAUUGUUUGAACACAAUAUGUUGCAACAGGAAAAAUAUAUAAAGGCUAAAAAUCGCAGUCAUUUACUCUAUUGGUUCUGAAUUUCAAGGUAAACGGAUGAAUUACUGGAGUGGGGCAGCAGUCGACAGUGGAAAGUGUGCAUGUGGGAUGAACAACAGCUGCGUUGGAGGUAAACGUUGCAACUGUGAUUUCAAUGACCAAAAUCUUCGUGAAGACAGUGGGUUCUUGACGGACAAGAACACGUUGCCUGUGAAGCAACUGAGAUUUGGUGAUACAGGAAGCUCAAAUAAAUAUGGAUUCCAUACCCUUGGACAAUUACUAUGUUGGAGAUAA